AUGCGGAAGACGGACAACGCGAUAUCGAUCAUGAACAUCAUCGUUAACGACAUCGAGCGGAUCGCAGCCGAGUCGGGUCGGUUGGCGCAUUAUAACAAGAGAUCGAAAGUCAAGAGUUUAGGAAUACUGACUGCUGUGCGUCUGCUGCUACUGCUGCCUGGUGAGUUGGUGAAGCACGCGGUGUCAGAUGGUUACCAAGGUUGUGACCAAGUACGCCAACUCCAACUCGCCGUAACAUCGCACACAACUACGGUCAGUGCCAGUGUGGUGUUGGAGGUCGCGGUGAUGCGUCGAGAAUCAGAAGUGGAUGUGGGUGAGGUUUUGCGGCAGUGUGUUGAGGAGGUUGCUGCAUUAGCACCAGUUGGAAUGGAUAUGAGGCUUGAGGGAGGUUCAGUUUGUGUACCGAGUCAGGAUGGGUGUUAA